AUGCCCGCCAAAGAAACCGCCCUCGCCCUACUGGCGACAUUCGAGCCCAUGGAUGUCGCCGCUAACAUUGGCCUCCGCACCCCGGACUGCACAUGGCACAUGGCUCCGGCGUCGACGGGUUACUCGCCGGCGGGGCAGAGCAACGAGCAGCACGAGAAACACUUGCGGGGCAUUCACGCUUUUGUGUACCGCUUUCCGGUCACGCCUAUCGAGGUGUGGGAGGGGAAGCGGGAGGAAGGGGGGACUGUGGUGACGGUGUGGGCGAAGAGUGAGGCGUUCUUCAGGGAUGAGAUUAAAGGUGGUGAGUACUAG